GUCGGCGCGGUUAAAGGUUCUGAAAUCUGAGAAUCUUCUGUCUUCUCCCCGCCACCUUCAAGUGUUCUUGCUACUGGGUUUCUUGCUACUUCGUUCGGCUGUUUCCUACACCCAGAUUAUCAGAAUUUCUCUUUUCUUCGCUCUUAUCCGUUUUUAAGUUAGUUGAUUGGUUUAUGUACUCUGGAUAUAGAAUGGUAGGUAUGGAUGCUCAAGGGAUUCAUGAGAAAUCAAUAGAAAGGGAUUUUGUCUCCAAAGAGUCUUUGGAGCCUUGUGGUCAGGCAAAUGGAAAUUUGUUAUUUCAGUUGAAAGAUAGUGGUACACCAACUACAGCAGCUGGUGGCGAAUGCAAUAACAAGAGAUCUGUUUUAUGCCCUAUUACGCCUACUCCUCGUAGAGAAAAUGGGGAUUCUGUUUUUGUGGCUAGCACCCCUUUGUCAGUGGAAUCUCCUCAGUCACCGAAUGUGGACAGCUUCAAUUCUACAAGAAAUGAAGAAGUUGUGGCUGUAGGUCUUGAUGCUAGCCCUCGCACACCAAAUGAGGGUGUUUUUGAUCCGUUUGCCCCAGGUCCUGAUGAGAUGCUUCUCGCUCCUAUUUGUAAAAAGCUUGUGAGAGAGUCUCGUAGAAUUGUUGCCCGGCGGCUUAAUUUUGAUGAUCUUGAUGAUUUGCCUGCAUCUAAGGAGGAUAAUGAAAAUGACGAUUUUACUGCAUCUAAGGAGGAUAAUGAAAAUGAGGAUUCCCUUAUAGAGAAGGUGUUGCUGGAAACAGUCUAUGGAACUCUUCUGGAAGCUAUUAUCUUGAAACAGUCAGAGGAGUUUUUUGCUGAAAACCAGCCUUUGAAAUCGGAGGAUCCUCGUACACCAUCCUCCCCGCCACCUCCCUUGAUGGGAUUUGCUGAGACCUGCCCUGGAGCUCCCGUGAAGGCUGCCAAUGGAAAGUCAAGGAAUAUUGACGCGGCACUGUGCAGGAAGCUUGAAUUUUAGUUACUCCCAGCUUUGGUCAGAGAAGGCCUGAGUGUUCAAUACUGACUUAUUGUUUUUGGUGCUCCACAGACACAAGCAUAUCCGCGUACAUUGCUGACUCCAAGGGUUGCAAGUCCUUUACUGUUGUAUGUGUAUUCUAGACCCCUGUAUGUUCACCUCUUAGUUAUAGUGAUUCACCCUUUAGAGAGGUGUUAGAUUAUUAUGCCCUUGUACAGCUGUUUUAGACACUCAAUUUGUGCAAUAAUCUGCCAGUGCAAGAUUCGCUUGA